AUGCCACAGGAUCAUCGAUACCAAGCAUUGUCGAAGGAGGUGGAAGCAGAGAUCCAUGAGGAGGAGGUAACUGCAACCAAGGCCAAGAAGAAGUACUUUGUGACGAAAACGAUUAUUGCUUUACUCUGUGGAGUGCUUCUAGUGCCCACUGCCACUUGGAUCUUCGGCCCCACUGACCUCAUCGAGGCAGCUGAGACCCUCCCAGAUAUCUGGAAGAACCUUUCGAUCAAGGAGGCGACCGAUAUCCCUGAAUGGCUAUGGCAGCCAGAGAGAGGUCUGAACCUUACAAAAUCAGCCAUCGCGGCCGACAACGACAAUGCAAUCUUCUUGAUUGAGGCGUAUGUUCCGCCGAAAGCUGCUGCACUAGCUUACCUUAAUGGCUCGGCCGAAGCGCCGCCCAAAUAUGCCCAUGCCGUAGUCCAUUAUGGGAAUACCGAACAGAUCAUGGACUACUUAAUCGGACCUUUGCCGUUGUCCAGCGAAACCUCAAUGCGACCGUUGACUGAGAUCUAUCAUCGACCAGAGAUUCCAUACAAUGCUCAUGGCUUCAACCCCAACUCGACUACGAUGGGUCUGCUUUUGGGCUCCACCUUCGGGCCGAUGAGCGACAUCACCAUGGACCUCUUUGGGGGCAUCUCCAAGGGGCAUGCCAACGAUACAUUGAUUGGCUCUGCGACAGCACCAAUGAGCUACGAUGGCUCUUGGAGGAAAGCUUGGGUGGGGCUCAAGCUGAAUGUCCCGGGACAUUACCUCUUCCCUGUCGACCUUUACGCUUACUUUGAUCUGAGCGGAACCGAUCCCUCUCAAUGGAAGCUCUUGAAACUGGUCUACAACGGCCAAGUGUUCGCUUCCGAAGCAGAGUUCCGCAAAGCUUGGUCUGAAGGCAAACUCAAUAAAUCUAAGAAGCCACUGCUGAAUGAUACCUCUGAAUGGGCGACUCGAACGCUGGACUGGUCUCUCUAUCUCGGAUUUGAGAGGGACAUGGGUCUGAAUUUCUGGGACAUCAACUUCAAGGGGGAAAGGAUCAUCUACGAGAUUUCACCCCAGGAAGCCAUGGCUCAGUACUCUGGCACAGAUCCUCACCAGGCGACGACUGUAUUCCUUGAUAGGGCCUUCGGCAUGGGCGCAUCUGUCAAGGAACUCAUGGUCGGCUACGACUGUCCCGCCGAAGCGGUCUAUCUUCCCGCAACUGUACACACGGCCACCGGUUCUUCAACCCGGCUAAACGCCAUCUGCGUCUUUGAGAAAGAUUCCACCAAGCCCCUCAGUCGACACACCGGCUGGCUCAAGGACGAGAUGGGUGCCAUCAAAGGCUACGAGCUGACAGUCAGGUCGAUCAGUACUGUGGGCAAUUACGACUACCUGUUCGAUUUGACCCUUCAGCUGGACGGAACUCUGGAGCUGCGUGUCUCUGCAUCUGGGUAUCUGCAAGGAGGAGUAUGGGACCCCAGCCAGGCCCCGUACGGCCAUCAAAUUAGGGACACCUCGAUGGGAUCGUUACAUGAUCUUGUGAUCAACUACAAGGUGGACUUCGAUAUCGCUGGAACUCGAAACUCGCUCAUGUCUGCCAUGCUUGAGAUGGAGGAGACCACUGCACCAUGGGUCGACGAAGACUGGGGAGAGACUUUCAAGCAGCAGCGGGUGGUACGAAAGAUGAUCAAGAGUGAGAACGAUUGCAAACUGGAAUACGCCAAGAACAUGGAGGGAAUGUACAUUGUCACCAAUGAGGAGGAACACAACUCUUGGGGAAACGCCAGAGGUUAUGCCAUACACCCGGGAGCCAGUACCAUUCAUCUUACCAACCUCGAUUGCAAGCGGACAGAAAACAAUGUCAACUGGGCUAAGCACUCUCUGGCAGUGACCAGACGUCACGAUAACGAGCCUUAUUCGUCGUCUAUGUGGAACAUCCACUUGCCGGGCAAGCCGACCGUUGACUUCUACAAGUUCUUCGACGGCGAGUCGCUCGAGCAGGAAGACCUUGUGGUAUGGCUUAACCUCGGCACGCAUCACCUGCCUAGAGCUGAGGACUCGCCUCAGACCCUGACAAACGUGGCGACGUCCUCUGUGCUGCUCACCCCGUACAACUUCCACGACUACGACGUCUCGAUGGAUGCCCUCAACGCCAUCAUACUUAACGCGCCUGAGCCUGGUAAACCUUGGAAAAUCGAUGAGAACGGCGCGAAGCCUUCGUACUGCAUGCCUCGAAAGUUACCUGACUUCUCAUACACCGGGCUUUUGCAAUUUGAGGAGGACGGUUCGCCCGCCACGCCUGCCGAGAUCAUAGAGCAGCGAAGAAUCGCCGAAUCUUGGCACGGCCUACACGCGCAGAUCUAA